AUGCCUAACUACAAGGUCGCCGAUAUCUCGCUCGCCGCUUUCGGCCGCAAGGAGAUCGAGAUCGCCGAGGGCGAGAUGCCCGGUCUCAUGGCCCUUCGUACCAAGUACGGCUCCGAGCAGCCCCUCAAGGGCGCCCGCAUCGCCGGUUCGCUCCACAUGACCAUCCAGACCGCCGUCCUCAUCGAGACCCUCACCGCUCUCGGUGCUCAAGUCACCUGGGCCUCGUGCAACAUCUUCUCCACCCAGGACCACGCCGCCGCUGCUAUUGCCGCCACCGGUGUCCCCGUUUUCGCCUGGAAGGGUGAGACCGAGGAGGAGUACGACUGGUGCCUCGAGCAGACCAUCACCGCUCACCCCGAGGGCCCCAACAUGAUCCUCGACGACGGUGGAGACCUCACCUGGCUCGUCCACGACAAGCACCCCGAGCUUCUCGAGAAGAUCAAGGGUGUUUCCGAGGAGACCACCACCGGUGUCCACAUCCUCUACUCGGCCAUGAAGAAGGGUACCCUCAAGCUCCCUGCCAUCAACGUCAACGACUCGGUCACCAAGUCCAAGUUCGACAACUACUACGGAUGCCGCGAGUCGCUCGUCGACGGUAUCAAGCGUGCCACCGACGUCAUGCUCGGCGGCAAGGUCGCCAUCGUCGCCGGUUUCGGUGAUGUCGGCAAGGGUUGCGCCGAGUCGCUCCGUGGCUACGGCUGCCGUGUCAUCGUCACCGAGAUUGACCCCAUCAACGCCCUCCAGGCUUCGAUGGCCGGUUACCAGGUCGACAUCAUGGACGACGUUGCCUCGCAGGCCGACAUCUUUGUCACCACCACCGGUUGCCGUGACAUCAUCACUGGUGCUCACUUUGAGGCCAUGAAGGACGACGCCAUCGUCUGCAACAUUGGCCACUUCGACAUCGAGAUUGACGUUGCCUGGCUCAAGGCCAACGCUGCCAGCGUCAGCAACAUCAAGCCCCAGGUGGACCGAUACACGCUCAAGAACGGCAAGCGCAUCAUCCUCCUCGCCGAGGGCCGUCUCGUCAACCUUGGCUGUGCCACUGGCCACCCCUCUUUCAUCAUGUCGGCCUCGUUCUGCAACCAGACGCUCGCCCAGAUCGCCCUCUGGAACGACAACCAGGGCCAGUACAAGCGCGGUGAGGUCUACAUGCUGCCCAAGGAGCUCGACGAGGAGGUCGCCCUCGCCCACCUUGGCCGUCUUAACGUCAAGCUCACCAAGCUCAGCAAGGUGCAGGCCGACUACCUCGACCUCCCCGUCAACGGUCCUUACAAGCGUGACACCUACCGAUACUAA